CGCACGCGUCGCGCCGUGUCGCAAUGUUUUCCUCCUAACCCGGUGUACUUGUUCAAGAACAACAUUAUAUUCCAAUUUUGAAAUCAGAUUUUCAAAACAAGUUCCAAAUUCAAAAUCGGAAUUGGCCUGGGUCUUACGAAGUAAAAGUGCGUUCCGAAAGGUCUGUCAAAAUGAAGAUAUUCGUCUGUUUUUUGUUUGUUGUUGCCAAUAUAAGCGAUAAUGGGAAAGCGUCUUUGGACAGUUUGGUGCCUAUGAGUACUAAUAUAUUGUUUGAGGAUACUACGAAGAAUGCAGAUAAAUCAUGCUAUCGGCCUUGCAAAUUCAACGUGAAACCGCGAAGGUGUUACUAUGAGUUUAAGAUAGAACCAACGAUUCUCGAAGAUGGGAGACCAGCGUUGACUGUGAACGGGAUGACUCCAGGGCCUAUUCAUGUUUGCGUGAACGAUAUAGUAGUUGUUGAAGUUAAAAAUAAGGUGGUCGGGCAGGACAUGGCGAUACAUUGGCAUGGGGUGGAGCAGAAGGGAACACCGUACAUGGAUGGAGUGCCGAUGGUUACACAGUGUCCUAUUAGCUAUGGAUCAUCGUACAAGUAUGCGUUCAGAGCGUCUUCUCCGGGGACUUUCUUCUAUCAUGCGGACUCAGUGCGUCACCAAAGUGAUGGCAUAUACGGAGCGUUGAUAGUGAACCAGCCUCAGCCUUUAGAAGCCCACUCCUCUCUGUAUGACUUCGACAGGAGUCAGGAAAACACCCUGGUCGUGGCAGCCAAGUUCCCGGAGCUCAUGACCGCCAACCUGGAGAACUCUAGUCAGAAGCCCAGUGCCUUGCUCGUUAAUGGAUUGGAGGAAGAUUUUAAGAUAUUCGUUCUCCCAAGUUUCGCGUAUAGACUGCGACUGAUCAACGCGAUAGCCAUCGAAUGCCCCAUCGUGGUUACCAUCGAUAAACACGAGAUGGUCGUCAUAGCAACCGACGGCAUGCCAGUCAAGCCUGUGUCGACCUCCCGGGUCCAGCUGUAUCCAGGAGAGCGUAUGGACGUCAUAGUGCGCGCGAGCGAGGAGAUGGGUGGGAACUGGGUGCGCAUGCGCGGAAAAGGCGCCUGCGAUAACGUGAGCGCCAGAGCAAUGCUGCUGCACCAGGGAUUCAACUAUACUGCUAUGUUACACGAUGGAGAGAAGGAGACAUUUGCCAAGGACUCGGAUUCCGUCACUCAAAUUUACGGCCAAAAACUGGAAUCCAUCCAAGACGCGCCGAACAGCAUAGUGGACAGAUCAGUCAUCUUAAGCAUUGACCGCCAAGUAUUGCAGUUCAAAGACACUGAUAACGACUUCCGAUACAUCAGUGACGCAAUACCGAAGAAGCCAUUUUUCCCAGCCUCGUUAUCGCUCGCAGACAAAGGUGUAGUACAAAUCAACAAAAAGAACUUCCUAUAUCCUAAUGUGCCUCUGCUAAUGAGGCCAAACGCUGUCAAGAAAGAAAUCAAAUGCACAAUGGAUGAUAAGGAACAGAGCAAGGAUCCACAGUGUUUGCUAGCACUGAAUGCUCAGCAAGGAGAAUUAUUGGAGCUAGUGUUGCUGAAUGAAGGUUUUGGCAGUAAUGAGUCUUACACAUUACAUAUGCAUGGACACAGCAUGCAGGUAGUAGCUACCAUGCAGGGACCUGAUGGAAAACCAAUUUUGAAGGAAAUGUUCGAGCAGCUUGAUAGAGAUGGGAAGAUUCAGAGGAAUAUCCAGACGCCACCACUAAAAGACACAGUGACAGUGCCAAACAAGGGCUUCACAAUAGUCCGGAUAAAACUGGACAGAGGGGGCAGCUGGCUGCUCGAGUGCCGGCCUUGCAGCCUCGCCUUACCCGCAGCAAUAGUCGUGAACGUCCCUGAGUCACUCCCGAAAUCACUCCUCGACUCGUUCCCUAAAUGCGGAGACUACAGACCACCAGAUGUACUUCUAAAUUAAGAAUACUCAUAAGACUGACUAAAA